GUUCUUUCAUAUUUUUCUUUCUUUCUCUCUUUUAAUUUUUACAAUAAACAUUUGAGAAAUGACUCAUUUAAGUGAUUUUUCUUACCUUGAAAGAUGUGCGAUUUGGACGUAUAUAUCUGUAUUUUUAGGCUAUAGUAUUUACAUUGGCGAUAGAUUUAGAUGCUUAAGACUAAGAUCAAUUAUAUCUGGAGAAUUGAAAUCAAUCAUUUCAGUACUUUUAAUAUUAAUGAUGUUAAUGCAGUUUAUGUGGGAUAUUGUAUCGACAUAUGUGAAAUACGAUGAAGGCUUUAUAGUUUAUGAGGGAACUAUUAUUACCAAACCUUUUAUUAAAUGGUCUUCUACACAUCAAAGAAAUAUGAUGGCAAUGGAUUACGUAGAAUGCGUUACUUUCUCAUUACAAGUUGGUGUAUUCUUUUUAAUGCAAUCAUUUUGGAAUUACCUUUCUAACACAGUUGCUAAAAAAAGUUUUAUGAGUUCUUUUGAAUUUAAAUUUUAUAUUGUCUGGGCACUAGGAAGUAUGGCCUUAUUUCCUAUCCUUCAAUGGAUCUUUCGAGAUGAUAUAUAUAAGCGUGAAGGUAUUCCACAGCUUGCUUACGGUAUUGAAAUCCUUUUGGCUGCUUUAUUAGGAAUUCGGUCUCAUCUCCGUUUUAAGCGUAUGAUUGCAUUAUCACAAAGAAGUAAUAGUGUAAGCAAUAAGCCUGUUGCUUCCAGACUUGGUUAUUUCAAAGAUAUGAACUUACAGAUUUCUAUCAUCUUAUUCAGUUAUGGUUCGUCUUUUAUUAUUCUUUGUUCUGAUGGUUUAACUGAAAGCAAGAUCAUUAAUAGUAAUAAGUUUGCUACAGAUACUAUUAUUACAAAUGUAAAUAUUUGCACAGUUCUCCUUUGGUUACUUUUGAUAGCUAUUUUUCAUCCUCGUCCUCAAUAUACUCGUAAUAUGAUGGAUACCUCAAUCAAUACAAUUAACGAAUCGAGUUACCGUUAUUCAAAUACGCCAAGAUCACAAAUAACUAGUAAUAAAUAUAACAUCAACGAAAGUUCUCCAGGAAUUACUGGAAAUACGUUAACUGAUAACAAAUACACAAUGUCUUCUAACAAUAUAAAUGAUAAUAAUGGUGGAUUCAUGCGUGCUAUGUCCCCUGUUACAGUGAAUAUUCCUUAUUCGCCUACGAAUGAUACUAUGCCUUUAACCUCUUACUCAAAUAUGGGUAACGUAUCUUUAUCACCCCCUAAUGUAGCAAAAAAGAUGGCCUAUAAGCAGCAGUCUCAUAGCUUGGCUGUUGAAGAUCCAUAUAGUAAUCAACCUGUCAUGUUCUCCAUGAUGGAUAUUGCUACUGUUAAAGGCCAGUCUAAGCCUUUAUCAAAAUCUAAUAACAAUACUGUCACAUAUCCUCGUCAAGAACACUUUCCCAUAUAUGAAGUCAAUAAUGAUAUUCAUGCUAAAUCUUCUCAAAACAAUACAUAUAUGGACGAUCAUCUAAAUUAUGUACAAACUACAAAUAUUACUGCGUCCCGUCCAUCUUGGGAAUACACGAUCAAUCAGGUAGCUCCAUCGUCUAAUUUUACUAGACAAUCAGAUGAUCAAAUGGUCCGUGAAUGGUUAUCGCAGUCCCCAGAUAGACGAAAUACAUAGUAUAAUUAUACCAUGUACGUCACAUUAUAAUAGAAAAAGCAACAACAACAACAACAACAACAACACGAAUCUAUAACAUGUAUAUGUAUUACAUAGCCUAUUAUAUUCCUAUCUA